UUUGUGUUUCCCUGCCAAAGGUCGUGAGUGUGAGAGGUCUGGCCUCACAGCAGCAGCAGCAGAACUUUAUCUCUCCCUGAGCUCACCUCAUUAUAAUAUGUGUUUCUAUUUCUCCGUGUUUCUCGGUGAUUCACUGCAACCUGAUUAGGAAAACAUGUUUUCUGGGAGGACAAGUCAAGUGUUGACGAGUCACCUCUGUGAUUUUUCACAGUUUGGACGACGGUCACAUGUGGAGUGUGCCCGUUUCUCUCCCGAUGGAAAGUACCUGAUAACCGGAUCAGUGGACGGGUUCAUUGAGGUGUGGAACUUCUACACUGGAAAAAUUAGUAAGGAUUUAAAGUACCAGGCACAAGACAGUUUCAUGAUGAUGGAUGAUGCUGUGCUGUGUAUGUGCUUCAGCCAGGACACUGAUCUCCUGGCAACUGGAUCUCAGAACGGCAAAAUAAAGGUGUGGAAGAUCCAGAGCGGGUUGUGCCUGCGCAGGUUUGAGCACGCUCACAGCAAAGGUGUGACCAGUCUGAGCUUCUCCAGGGACAGUAACCAGAUCCUCAGUGCCUCAUUUGAUCAGACCAUCAGAAUCCAUGAACUGAGGUCAGGAAAGACACUAAAGGAGUUAAAUGGCCAUUCAUCAUUUGUAAAUGAUGCAUCUUUCACUCAAGAUGGAUGCCACAUCAUCAGUGCCUCAUCUGAUGGCACCGUUAAGAUUUGGAACACAAAGACGAGCGAAUGCAUCCACACUUUCAAAUCUCUGUCCCGCACACCGGAGGUCCCCGUCAACAACGUGAUUCCUCUUCCCCAAAGCCCAGAGCACUUUGUGGUUUGCAGCCACUCAAACAAAGUGGUCGUCAUGAACAUGCAGGGUCAGACCGUGAAGACGUUCAGCUCAGACAUGAAGGAAGCCACAGACUUUGUGUGUUGCACCCUGUCGCCCCGCGGGGAGUGGAUUUACUGCGUGGGGGAGGACCUGGUCCUGUACUGCUUCAACUAUACGACGGGGAGGCUGGAGAAAACGCUGACCGUUCAUGAGAAAGACGUCAUCGGCAUUACUCACCAUCCACACGAGAAUCUGAUCGCCACAUACAGUGAGGACGGCCUCCUGAGGCUAUGGAAGCCAGCUGCAUCGUAACAUAGACGACCUGGAGAGCCAUGAAGUUCUUGACCAAUUCAUUCUUUUAAAUUGAACUGUAAAUACCUUAAUAUUCUAUAUAUGAAUCCAUCAGUAAAUUAUAAAACAAACAAACAAUCUCACAACAUAGUCCGUUUAGUAGCUGUUCCGGAGCUUUUGAUCAUAUCACAUGAUUCUCAUUAGUAGACCCAUUUUUCAAAGUUGUCAUGGAAUUGUAAAAUUCCCGUUUUUCUGAUCACAUGAGGAACUUCUGGAAACUUCAUUUGCAGAUCAUUAUACGACCAAAACUCCAGAACAGCUAUUCAAACCUUGGGUGAGUUUGACUUGUCAGCUGCUGUUUUCACAGUCAAGAAUGUAAUUUUGACAUUUGAA